AGUGAGACUUUGUCUCAAACAACAACAACAAGAAAAUUAGCCAGGCAUGGUGGCCUGCACCUGUUGUCCUGGCUACUUGGGAGACUGAGGUGGGAGGAUUGCUUGGGCCCGGGAGGUUGAGGCUGCAGUGAUCCGUGAUCGUGCCACUGCACUCCAGCCUGGGCGACAGAGCGAGAACAUGUCUCAAAGAAAAAAAGAAAAACAGAAAGAAAUCCUACCUUACAUAUACAGUCAAACAGUUAUAACCACUCCAUAUUUAGCCAUUACAAACGUAAAUUUUUAUUUUAUUUUAUUUUAUUUUUUGAGACAGAGUCUCGCUCUGUUGCCCAGGCUGGGGUGCAGUGGCACAAUCUCGGCUCACUGCAACCUUCGCCUCUCGGGUUCCAGUGAUUCUCCUGCCUCAGCCUCCCGAGUAGCUGGGAUUGCAAGUGCCCACCAUCACGCCUGGGUAAUUUUUGUAUUUCUAGUAGAGAUAGGGUUUUGCCAUGUUGGCCAGGCUGGUCUCGAACUCCUGACCUCAGGUGAUCCGUCCAUCCGGCCUCCUAAAGUGCUGAGAUUACAGGCUUGAGCUAUGGUGCUCAGCCUACAAACAUAAAUUCUUAAGAUUGGCUGCAUCUUAUCUUCCCAUAAGAAGAUUUGACUGUACUGCUUAUUGCAAAUUAUUUCAUAAAGUGCAUCCUAAAUUCACCUGAUAAUUGAAGUAGCAGUUUGUUUUAGCUAAUUGCCUGUAUCUGAAGGAAUAAUAAAAUUUCUCUUAUUUCUAUGACAAGCAUAUCAUUUCAUCUCAGAAAAAGAUGCCUAGGUUGAAUUCCCACAAUGAUAAGGAGAUAGGGGUUUUAUUUUCCUAGAUGUUUAUAUUUGAGAGGAAUUACUCGCAGACCCUUGAAAAAACAUGUCAGGGUUAUAAAGCUGACAAGGGACUUACUCAUCUUCUAAUUGGGUUUUUUUCAGAUGGCUUGGCUGGAGGACAAGCAAAUUGAGGACAUUGGCAACGGAGUGAUCAAAAUGAUAGAUCAUGAGGCCUAAAAUGAAUAAGGAAAGAAGAGAAGUGGCAGAGGCUGAGAACAGAAAGAGAGGGUGGAGGGGCUGUAAAUCUUGAAGAUUAGGGUAUAAUAUGAGUAUAUGAGUAAGAUUUGGAAGAAUUGUAUAGGAGGCAGUAGUCAAAAAGUAGAAGCAGUUUGGAAGAGUAGUUACAAAUAUCAAGAGCCAGGUGGCUAAAAGGUGGAGCUAUAGGUCAUUGAAGCUCAAGAAACUGAGUCUCUAGGGCAUUGGUUAAGUCAUCUGUCUAGACUUCAAAGUUGUCUAGGAUGAUAAUUCAGAAGACUGAUCUGUGCCAAAGUCACAGGUUUUUCACGACUGAAAAUAACAUAGCAAAAUAAGCCAAGAUGUCUGUGGAUCCAAUGACCUACGAGGCCCAGUUCUUUGGCUUCACGCCACAAACGUGCAUGCUUCGGAUCUACAUUGCAUUUCAAGACUACCUAUUUGAAGUGAUGCAGGCCGUUGAACAGGUUAUUCUGAAGAAGCUGGAUGGCAUCCCAGACUGUGACAUUAGCCCAGUGCAGAUUCGCAAAUGCACAGAGAAGUUUCUUUGCUUCAUGAAAGGACAUUUUGAUAACCUUUUUAGCAAAAUGGAGCAACUGUUUUUACAGCUGAUUUUACGUAUUCCCUCAAACAUCUUGCUUCCUGAAGAUAAAUGUAAGGAGACACCUUAUAGUGAGGAAGAUUUUCAGCAUCUCCAGAAAGAAAUUGAACAGUUACAGGAGAAGUACAAGACUGAAUUAUGUACUAAGCAGGCCCUUCUUGCAGAAUUAGAAGAGCAAAAAAUUGUUCAGGCCAAACUCAAACAGACGUUGACUUUCUUUGAUGAGCUUCAUAAUGUUGGCAGAGAUCAUGGGACUAGUGAUUUUAGGGAGAGUUUAGUAUCCCUGGUUCAGAACUCCAGAAAACUACAGAACAUUAGAGACAAUGUGGAAAAGGAAUCGAAACGACUGAAAAUAUCUUAAUUGCUCAGUAGUCAAAAGGAGGAGCCUGUCAAAAAGUAGAAUCAUAAGGAAUUUAUACCAGUGACUGUUCAAACCAACCAUACUUUUUAUUAGAUUUGCUUUGUCAACUCUUUCUUGUAUUCUGUGUUUUCCUCUUUUUUGGUCCACUUUGCUGAGGUAUGAAGUGUACUACUUUGAACUAGGCUGAAGCAUCUGUUCCUUAGAGUCUUCUAGUAAGUGGGAAGGGAUCAAACAAAGAAGCCAUGACCAGUUAAAGAUAUUUGCAGAGUUAUACCUUGGUCAUAAGUCCUUUGUGACCUUGAUUAUUUUGGCUUACUCUUUGGAUGAGACCAGACAAGAAAAGGAUUAAACGGGUGGCUCCUUUAAUGUUAUUAUUAUUGUUUUUGAGACAAGGUCCCCUUCUGUCACCCAGGUUAGAGUAGAUUUCAGUGGCACAAUCUUGGCUCACUGCAACCUCUGUGUCCUGGGCUCAAGUGAUCCUCCUGCCUCAGCCUCCCAAGUAGCUAGGACCACAGGUGCAUGUCACCAUGCUUGGCUAAUUUUUUUGCAGAAACGAGGCCUCACUAUAUUGUCCAGGCUGAGUGGCUCUUUUAUUAACCAGUCAUUACACUGCGGAACAGCCAACAUAGAGUACUUGCUCUCGCCCUGUGAAUUUUCUUUCAUGAGGGAGUCAAUAUGUAGUGGAAAGAAGCAUGUAGCAAAAAAGACAACCUUGACCUUUAAUAAAAAAGAAGUUGGUUUAUUUCCAAAAUAAAUCCCCUGACAAAAAACCUGGUGAUGUUAAGCAAUUGACUGUCUUAGAGUCCAGCAGAAGACCUUAGACAAAAAAAGCAGAACCCACUGGAGUAGAAAAGGAAGCAUGUAGCAUAUACUCAGUAGUGAAAUUUAAUUUUACUGACUGUUAGGUAUCUAUGCCAAUUUGUUUUCAUACUUCAGUUGGUUUUGGAAUCUGCCUUAUACCUAAUAUUUAAUUAUUUAUUCACACUCAUAAGCAUCAAAUAUUUAAUGCCCUCAGUGGGAAAUUUGUGUUUAAACUCAAUGGAAUCUAAUAUUUCUUUAUGUCGUUAGUCCCUGUAAAAUGUUAGGUCACCCAAGGAAAGGGGAGAAAUAGCAAUGGUUGUUCCUAAGGUAUUGCUUGCCCUCCAUGUCUUCCUAAAGAGCAGAACUUGGAGUUUCUCCUUUAUGUAGAGAAGAAGUAACUUAGGGUGUAUUUGCAAUGAAAUAUUCAUAGAUAUUGAAAGCUUGUGUUUACAUGAAAUAUGUUUAUUAUCAAGAAGUCCUUUUUCCAAUUCUGUACAUUAAAUAUAUGUGUUUUAAA